CUUCACAAUUUAUGUUCUUCUGUCAUGGAUUCAGCUGGUCCCUCCAUUCGGGGUCCCUGACUUCCUGCAAUACUCCUGGAGAUAUGACUCAUGAAAGUGAGCCACAACCCAACAAAACAAAACAAAAAACAAAACAAAAUUUGACUCUCAGGAGUUUUAAAAUAUUAUGCUAGUCCCUAUUCAUCAUCCAGGAAGACAUCAGUUACCAUGUAAGUGUUCUUACCAGUUGCUGGCUCUGGUAAUGGCUUCUGCUUCUAAGCUGAGAUUCUCUAUAUUCACUUCUCUCUUUAGUUUUGGUGGUGGCUGUUUGCCCUGUGACCAGUUUUCUGGUUGACUUAAGAGUUGUUGAUUCUUCAGUCAGUUUAUUCAGCUUGUUACUUGUUGUGAAGAUGGGAAUGAUGACUCCUAAGCCCUUCACAUGCUGGCACAGAAACCAGAAGUCCUGUGUUCAUUUUUACCCAUUUAUUUUUCUUUCUGUAUUGGAGUUUGGAUAAUCUCAACUAUAUUCAAGUUCACUGAUUCUUUCUUCUGUCAAUCCACAUCCGCUAUUAAGCCCUUCUAGUGAAUUUUUCAUUUCAGUCAUUGUAGUUUCCAAUGCCAUAAUUUCUGUUUGGUUCUUUUUAAUAAUUUUUAUCUUUAUUGGUAUUUUUUAUGAUGAGACAUUAUUUUCAUAUUUUCCUUUAGUUUUUUGGACAUGGAUUCCUUUGAACAUAUUUAAAAGACUUUAAAAGUCUUUUCUAGUAGGGCCAAUGUCUGGGCUUCUUCCAGAAAAAUUUUUUAUUUAUUGCUCCCCUACUCCUUUAUGGGCCAUACUUUCUUAUAGGCUUUUUGGAAAAGUGGACAUUUAAAAUAAUAUAACAUGGCAUCUCUGGGAAUCAGACUCUUAACUAAAACUUUUCUCUGAGGGAAACAAAGCCUGAAAAGGGGAGAUUGAAUAUUACAUGGCUUAAGAGAGUAUUUAGAUAUAUCUACUUCCAUUGGUGCUAAAAUAUAUCUGGAAGUGGAAUGGAAUUCAGAACUCCAUGAAAGAGAGCUGGUGUCCAGAGUGUUGAUGUCACACAGCCUGUGUCCUGAUUGGCACAGAAGUUGAAACUAGAUUGUGGAUAUCCAUUCUGCUAGCUCUACUGGAAGACUGCUUCUAAAAGUGAGGUCUUCAACUUUGGAUGUUAAUCAUUAGAAUUUUCUUUCUCAAAUUAAAAGUUUGAGAAAUUCCUGAUAAGAUGUCCCAUUCCCUAAAGUUUACUUUGAUUGUAAUUUUAUUUUACUAUUGGCUUUCACCCAGCCAUGAAGAGUUAAAAGGUGGUAAGUAUGCUUUGGCAGUCAGAUUGUUUAUUCUUCUCUCCUGGCUCACUUUUUCCCAGUUUCAGAGUGUUAAACGAAUUUUUUAUCUCAAAUUGGAUUUCUUGGGAGAAUUUAAGAUUUAGGAGGAAAAAUGUCAGUUGUCAGAGGAAGAAUUGUAAAGUUCUUUUCCUAAAAUAUGCAUCAUUUACAAAAUGGAUUUGCAUAUUCUCAGUAUGGUUGGGACAGUAACAUUUGAAAACAGUCAUUUCCACAGAAGAGCUUUGAGCCUGACAUCCAGUGAGGGGUCAUUUCUGACUCUGAAAAUGAGUAUAGCUCAGGAGGCCCAGGUGCUGGGGAGUGAUGCCAUCAGCUCCACUGCAGGCCUGCUUGUUGUUUCCAGCUGCACAUCACACCUGUGAAAGGGAACAAUUCUUCCCACUGUUUGUCCUUCUGAUAGCCUUCUCUCUGGACUUUGCAUUUCCAUUCCUUUUCAUUGACAAAUGGAUUUUUUUUUUUCUUUUUUUCCAUCUCUGGGCCAGCUUGGGAUCCUAGACUGCCCUGGGAAGACAUUUGUGUUUUACACACAUAAGGAUCUGUGUUUGGGGUUUCUUCUUCCUCCCCUGACAUUGACAUUGCUUGGUGGUUGUGUGGGGAGGGAGGCCACGUGGGCUCAGUGCUUGCUUGUACUUCUCUGCCUAGGUACAUCGAAGUCUUUUGACCUCCGUACAGUGAUUAUGCUUGUCAUUGCUGGUGGUAUCCUGGCAGCCUUGCUCCUGCUGAUAGUUGUCGUGCUCUGUCUUUACUUCAAAAUAUACAACGCACUAAAAGCUGCAAAGGACCCUGAGGCUGUGGCUGUAAAAAAUCACAACCCAGACAAGGUGUGGUGGGCCAAGAACAGCCAGGCCAAAACCAUUGCCAUGGAGUCUUGUCCUGCCCUGCAGUGCUGUGAAGGAUGUAGAAUGUAUGCCAGUUUUGAUGCCCUGCCACCUUGCUGUUGUGACAUAAAUGAGGGCCUCUGACUUGGAAAAGGUGGGCACAAAAAUCUUCAUGAGCAAUAUUUCUUUCUUAGUAGGUUGUUUUGUUAUUUAAAUCAAGUUCUAGAGUUUUUAUGUGAGAUUAUAUAAUUUACAGUGUUGUUUUAUAUACUUUUGAAUAAAUGUACACUAUUAAAAAUAAUCCUCUUUGCCGCCAAUAUUUUUUGAUUGUUAAUUAUAAACAUUCUUUGUUUAAAUAUAUUUAUUACUCACUUUGGAAUAUGGAGGAAUUAGCUUGUAGCAUUGCAAUAGAAGAAAGAGAAUUGGAAUAAAAGUGUCCAGCACAUUUCCCACCCAAGAAGGAAAAU